AUGAAACCCCACAGUCGCUGUACAACAAACCCUAACAUGAAAGAAGAACCUGCUCCCCUUGGUCUCACCUCCAUAAUCCCUCCUCCCAUGCCAAGAAGCCAAACACAACAUGAUACCGAUGAACAUUUUACCCUCCUCACUCCAGAAUUAAAUAACCCCAUCCGCCCGACUCCUACACUCUACCUACCGCCCCAUAUUUGGGGAGAAAAUUGCAGCAAAAUUGUCCCACAGAGCACAUUUGGCACCCGAACACGCUCAACCUCCCAAAUACAUAUACGCAAGUGACUAACAACCAGUGCUUCUGCUUUCGAAUGUAAAUGUGACUGUAAUCUCCCCAACAUGUACUUAUUCCCUUCUAUUUAUUCUGUACCCCCUGUUCUCAUCAAACCAAACGAUGCAAACGCUACAAAUAAAGAAUUUAUUUAAAAAUAAAAACAAAAAAAAGGGCAAGCGAAAAAAAAGAUCUGGGUGUCUAUACAAUAUGAUGUGUAAUGUACUUAAAUUAAAUAUAAUAUUGGCAGAAUAUUUCUGAUGUGCCUAUUGUACAUAUAUUAUUGUCGUAAUGCUUAAUGAAUUGAUUUAUUCUUUAACAGAAAUAGAGAACAAGUUGCUGUUAUCAAUACAUCUUAAUACUCCUGCAACAGUUGGCAAAGCAAAUGGCUCUCAGAUACGGAUAUAUUUUGACUCUUUACUGGAUAUUCAAGAUGCUGUCAUGAAGAUCUUUGGGUCUACUAAAUUGAAGGUAAUGUUUCCUUUUUGGUUCUCCGUGUACAAACAUGAUUACACCUAAUUUCAAUGUGUCCCAGAAAUGAAUGGAUAUUAAAUAGAUCAUGUAACUGGACUCAAAGCAUUUGAGUGCUUUACAAUUCUGUUGGGCACUUUUUUUCCCCCCAUGUCUCAAUUUUUAUUGUUUUUUUUCAGUGAAGACAUAAUAACAAAGUAACAAAGUGCUUCAGUAUUCAAAUAACAGUCCGCUCUUGCAUGUUAACCAUUAAAAUAAAGUAAUGUUGCAAACAUUGAGAAAACAGUAAACUCACAUAUACACAGGUACAAGUUAGAGUUAAGACUUCACUAAGCACCAGAGGAAGAAAACGCUUGCACUUUAACUGCUGAUCUCGACAUAGAAAAGUGUCUGCCAAUCUGUGUGUUAGUGUGUAACAUGCAUCCUAAUUGCAUGACCUCAUCAUCUGGAAUCCUCUCUGCCUGCAGGGAUUCACCAAGAAGAAUUGCAGCUCGGUUGCAAAGACUGCUGUACGUAUUAUCUUUGAGGAAAGUGGAUCUCAGGUAACAUGAAACAAAAUUCAGUAAAUGUAACAUUACACCUACUGUUACACCCCAGCAAAAUACUCGCCGAGAGCAAGUUAAACGUGUAUAUUUAUAGCAAAACCAAACAAUUUGUUAUAGAAAAGUAACACAGUAUCAUAUUCAUAUCGUCAGAUCUAUAUGAUGUGCAGUCUGUGUAUACCAGCUAUUAGAACAUAAUCAUCCAGCUUCAUAGCAAGUGAGACUGACAGGGGAGGAAAUAAAUAUUAUAUUAGAACAGGGUUGCACAUAGAUAACUGAUGAAUGUAAUAUAUUCUGUUAGAACAGCUUCAUUCUUUGUAAUGCAAUAUUACCCUGCAGCCAUAGGGUUCAUGUGUCUUUCAAUGGAACAUCUUUAUAACUAUCCACACGCACAGUAUUCUUUUUAUUUAUCUUAUUAUUUACUGGCAGGAAGUUGUACAUUGCAGAGCUUCACUGCUAGUAGAGUGUGGAUUCCUGAAACUUGUUUUUCUAUUACAAUUGUUCAGUGUCUCCGUGAUAAAUAUGUAAACCAACUACUCUUGAAAGGUUUUAGUCAUUAAGUAUAGAGAACUGGUUCCUGGUAGACCAGGAACCAAGAAAUUGAAAGGUGGUUAAAUGUAAAGGUGGAGGAGAUUAGAGAUUAGAGAGCACUGAAGCUGUCAUUUCAGUAUUAAUUGUGGUGUUCUGCAGAAUAGGUGUUGCUUUAUUCUCGAUAUAGCAAUAUCUUGGUCCCUCCAUGUAUUCUUCAGAUUGUGAUUCCUGAGAGCCAGGACUCAUCCUUAUCUUUGAAGUGUAAAGAAGUGAGCGAUGGGGCGGAAGCCAGACUAAAAAAUCCAUGUCUGUUGACCGCAAGCGUUAAUCGACAUAAUGAAGAUGUGGGUGAUACAAAUGAUCAUUCCAAGGCUAGUAUAAUCCUCAAUGCAGUAUACUAAAGAUGUGACUAUAUAUUGUAAGCACUGAUUUACAGUUACAGUUAAACUCUGUAUUAUUUUACCAUGAGCUUCAGUUUGCAUUCAAGUUGUGAUUUGGAAACACUUUCCUUUAAACCUGCAGGAUACAUCUGUAGAUUUGUGACUAAAACCUGCUAGUGUCUGAGACAGUUUAAGCCUUAUUUAAACCUAUCAGAAACUAUUUCAGUUUAAAAUUAUUUUUAAAAAGCAAAUGUUUUUACUUUGUCAGGAUUUGAAAAGUAGCUAUAACCAGUGUUUUCUGAUUGAUUCAAUGUCAGCCGCUGUUACAAUGAUGUAGGAUUAGUGCUGCUGUUUAUAAAGCUACGGCUUUGUGGGUUCAGGAUUUGGACUAAAGAUGAAGAUGUCAGAUUUUAAGGGUUAGGAGUUUAAGUUUACAUUUAUCCCCACUAAGUCAUUGAUCGUACCUAUGUGCUCCAUAUUUCCUUGGUUAUGCCACAUCUUGCCCCGUGGUUUGGGUAUUUCAUAAGCCAUAACUACAAACUGUGAUUUAUAUGGAGUUAGUUGCAGAUACAAAAUUCAUGCAUUUACUGUGGUGUUUUUAUGAAAAAGUGACUUGUUUUAUUUUUCAGCUAGUUACUCCCAUUAAAAAGAAAGUUUCGGAAGCAAGAAUGAUCAUCCCUGUUUUGGGGGUUUACAAACUAACAAACCCACCUACAGCAGCUAACACACGUGAGUUGCACCCUUCGUUUCACUUGUCCUGCCAAAGCUAAAUCUAAUAUUAUAAUAGUGCUUGAAAAUACAUGUUCCUAAUUUUCUUGAUCACUUAUCCAAAUCUUUACUGUGUGCUCAUACUGACACCGCCCUCUAAUGUCACUGUUCCUGAGAAUACCUAGCGAUCAAUUCUAUACCCAGCUUGGAAUUUUGGAUUCAAACCUCAUCACCUAAUGGCAUUAGGUGUUGACCCUCACGUCUGUCAGUCUGUUCCUUUUUCACUUGCUUUAAAUGCGCUUCCAAAGAGAUAGUGAUGGCUUCUCAUCAGGGACUAUUGGAUUCAGUGCUUCUCUGUGAGAAGCAUUUUAUUGGUCAAGAGAAUGGCAAUUGCUGCUUAUGCAACUCAGGGCCCCAGUUCUCCUUUAUUAAAAGCAUUGAAGAGAUCUUUGGUGUUGAGGAUUUAAUUGAGGGCAAAGUGGAGACAGUCUUGGGGGGUCCCUCAGUCUACACCAAAAAAGGAAUACUGUAACAGAAGGAAAUUUUUUAUUUAUUUUGGAUUCCUUUAAAACACUCAGUUACUGUAAUGUUUUCAGGUAAUUCAUUAUAAAUAUAAUCAAUAAAUUAUACAUAGAUAGAUAGAUACAGAUAUACAAACAGGCAUAAAAAAAACCACAAAAAAAAAACCCCAGAAAAAGGAAGUCCAUCCCUGAGCCGAAAUGCAUCAUAUUGGGAUACUGCUGAAAUUUGCAUGUUUUAUUCACAACAUAAGAGGGAGCUAGAGCACUUUGCAUACACAAGCCAUACAGAUCCUGUUUGUAAUUCAAGAUUUACACAUUUUGCGCAAACUGAUAAUCUAUAGUCAAUGUUCCUCUGCCAAAUAUAGAUUUAGUCCUUUGUUUUAUUUAAUGUAUUUUAUUUUUUUUAUAUUUCUUUUCAGCAUUACGGCAUAAAGGGAGAGUAAAACCACGUUUAGAAAUGAUCAGCUCUGCAGAGAGAAGCACUGGAUCCACAUCUUCAACAUAUAAAAAAGUUAGCCAGCCAAUCACCACAAUAGAAAAUGUUUCAUUUCAGAAAGUAUGUUAUAAGUAAAAAAAACAAAACAUUAUCUGUGUUUAGGUUGAAUCAGGAGCUAAACAUUAUUUUGUUGGCAUGGUUUUUUUGUUUGUUUGUUUUUUUAGAUGAAACUUGGUAAUGAUUUUGAAAUUAUGAAAAUGGAUGAAUCAUUGAGAAGUCCCGGUAAUUACCAGUAUUAUUAAAUUGUUUUUUUAAGUUUGAAAUAUAAAGCAUAAAGUGAUAACCAGAGUCAAUGAUUUCUAAUUGCAGAAGAGAAAGCUGAGAUUGUGCUGGACACUCAGCCUGUAAGCAGGAUGGAACCAAACGUGUAUGUAGCUUGUUGUUAUAUUCAUUGUACAAUGUGUGCCAUUAUGGUAUGGCAUCUCAGGAAAUAGUCUGGUAACAAUAUGUCUGAGUGUAGCUGAUUGUCUUUGCUGCUGGAUGUGGAAAUGAUACUGUUAAAUAUACAAUGUGUACCUGUUAAGCCAAGCUUGACUUGGAGUCACUUUGAUAGCUGUACUGGAAGGACAUGUAUAGGUGCAACAUUAUUCCAACCACUCCUUCUCUGGGAUAGAUAUAAACACUACAAAUGUAAAGUAACAAGUAUGAUGACCACCCACUGGCACAUUAGCCCCCACAACUCCAGGCAUGUGCCUGCACACUUUAAGAUGUGGUUGGCUACAUGCCUAAUUUUCUUUACUCCAUGUUUGAGAUGAACAUAGAAACAUAUAAUGUGACGGCAGAUAAGAACCAUUCGGCCCAUCUAGUCUGCCCAAUUUUCUAAAUACUUUCAUUAGUCCCUGGCCCUAUCUAAUAGCUAGGAUAGCCUUAUGCCCAUCUCACGCAUGCUUAAACUUCCUCACUGUGUUAACCUCUAUCACUUCAGCUGGAAGGCUAUUCCAUGCAUCCACUACGCUCUCAGUAAAGUAAUACUUUAAAGUAAUGAUAUUAUUUUUAAACCUUUGCCCCUCUAAUUUAAGACUAUGUCCUCUUGUUGUGGUCGUUUUUCUUCUUUUAAGUAUAGUCUCCUCCUUUACUGUGUUGAUUCCCUUUAUGUAUUUAAAUGUUUCUAUUAUAUCCCCCCGUCUCGUCUUUCCUCCAAGCUAUACAUGUUAAGAUCCUUUAACCUUUCCAGGUAAGUUUUAUCCUGCAAGCCAUAAACCAGUUUAGUAGCCCUUCUCUGAACUGGUCUCCAGUACUGUGUACAAUACUCCAAGUGAGGUCUCACCAGUGUUCUGUACAAUGGCAUGAGCACUUCCCUCUUUCUCCUGCUAAUACCUCUCCCUAUACAACCAAGCAUUAUGCUAGCAUUUCCUGCUGUUCUAUUACAUUGUCUGCCUACCUUUAAGUUAUCUGAAAUAAUUACCCCUACAUCCCUUUCCUCAGAUGUUAUCAAAUAUUCUGUACUCUGCCCUUGGGUUUUUACGUCGAAGAUGCAUUAUCUUAUCCCCAUUAAAUGUCAGCUGCCACAACUCUGACCAUUUUUCUAGUUUAUCUAAAUCAUUUGCCAUUUGGAUUAUCCCUUCUGGAACAUCAACCCUGUUACAUAUCUUAGUAUCAUCAGUAGUGAUGUCCCGAACGGUUCGCCGAGGACUCAUCAUUGAGUAAACUUUGACCCUGUACCUCACAGUCAGCAGACACAUUCCAGCCAAUCAGCAGCCGACUCUCCCUCCCAGACCCUCCCACCUCCUGGACAGCUCACUAAGAAUGCAGCUUCAAAAUGGAUGCUGUCCAGGAGGUGGGAGGGUCUGGGAGGGAGGGUCUGCUGCUGAUUGGCUGGAAUGUGUCUGCUGACUGUGAGGUACAGGGUCAAAGUUUACUCAAUGAUGAGUCUGCGGCGAACCGUUCGGGACAUCACUAAUCAUCAGCAAAAAGAUAUACCUUACCAUCAUGACCUUCUGCAAUAUCACUAAUAAAAAUAUUAGAGAGAAUGGGUCCAAGUACAGAUCCUGAGGUACCCCACUGGUGACAAGUCCAUGCUUCAAAUAUUCUCCAUUGACUACAACCCUCUGUUGCCUGUCACUCAGCCACUGCCUUACCCAUUCAACAAUAUUGGAAUCCAAACGUAAAGAUUGCAGUUUAUUGAUAAGCCUUCUAUGUGCAACAGUGUCAAAAGCUUUCUGAAAUCUAGGUAAGGAAUGUCUACUGCACCACCCAUAUCUAAUAUUUUAGUUACCCAAUCAAAAAAAUCUAUAAGAUUAGUUUGGCAUGAUCUCCCUGAAGUAAACCUAUGUUGUCUCUGAUCUUGAAAUCCAUGUGAUUUUAGAUGUUCAACAAACCUAUCCUUUAACAUGGUUUCCAUUACUUCCCCACUACUGGAGUAAGGCUAAUUGACCUAUAGUUGCCCAACUCCUCCCUACUACCUUUCUUGUAAAUGGACACAACAAUCGCUAACUUCCAAUCUUCUGGGACUACUCCUGUUAAUGAUUGGUUAAAUAAAUCUGUUAAUGGUUUUGCUAGUACACCACUAAGCUCUUUUAAUAACUUUGGGUGUAUUCCAUCAGGCCCAUUGACUUAUUUGUCUUUACUUUUGACAAUUGAAAUAGAACAUCUUCCUCUGUAAACUCACAUGUAACAAAUUACUAAUUUGUCCUUUUUCCCAACUGAGGCCCCUUUCCUUAAUUUUCAUCUGUAAAUACUGAACAAAAAUAUUCAUUGAAGCAGUCAACUAGACCUUUAUCCUCUUCUACAUACCUUCCUUCUUUUGCUUUUAAUCUAGCUAAUCCUUGUUUUACUUUCCUUUUCUCUUUUAUGUAACUAAAAAAAGCUUUGUCCCCUUUUUUAACAGACUGUGCUAUUUUCUCUUCUGUGUGUGAUUUGGAAGCUUUUAGAACUUGCUUAGCUUCUUUCUACCUAAUCUUAUAGAUCUGCCUAUCUUCCUCACUCUGUGUUUUUUUAUAUAUAUAAUUACUAAAUGCUAACUUUUAGUUUUUUACUAUUUUGGCCACAUCUGCGGAGUACCACAGCGGUUUCUUAUUUUUUUUGCUUUUACUGACAAGCCUAAUGCAAUUUUCUGUUGCGUUCAGCAUUGCAACUUUUAAAUAAUCCCAUUUCUCUUGGAAUCCAUUUAAACUGCUCCAGUCUGAUAAUGACGCCUUUACACAUAUUCUAAUUUUAGAAAAGUCUGUUUUUCUAAAGUCUAAAACUUUUGUUUUUGUGGGGUGUGACUCAGUCACUGUUCUUAUAUUAAACCACACUGACUGACUGAUCACUGGAUCUUAAACUUUCACCUACAGUAAUAUCUGACACCAAAUCUCCAUUUGUUAACACUAAAUCUAGUAUGGCCUCUUUACGAGUCGCCUCCUCAACGACUUGUUUUAGAGACAUUCCCAGUAGGGAUUUUAGAAUAUGUGUGCUCCUGGCACAAGCAGCUAUUUUAGUUUUCCAGUUUACAUCAGGAAGAUUAAAGUCACCCAUGACGGUAACUUCCCCCUUCAUUGUCAUUUUAGCUAUUUUCUCAACUAGUAGAUUAUCUAACUCUUCUAUUUGUCCUGCGCGCUUAUAAAGCACACCUACACAAGUUAGUGUGAUUACCAAAUUCUAACGCAACCCAAACGGACUCUAUAUUCGCUCCACGCACUUUUAUUAGGCUAGAUUUUAUGCUAUCCUUCACAUACAGGGCCACCCCUCCCCCUUUCUUUCCCUCAGUGUCUUUUCUAUAUAAAGAGUACCCCGGUAUUGCUAUGUACCGGUCAUUUUUCUCAUUAUACCAUGUCUGAUUAACAGCCACUAAAUCUACAUUAUCAGUUGCCUUUAUUGCCACAAGUUUGGGGAUCUUAUACCCUAAACCGUGGGUAUUUGUAGACAUGACUGUAAACGUAUAAUUUUUUAACACACUUGCUACAGGCACCUUCUCUUCUUGUUUUGGGGGGCAAUUGGAUUGAUGUUUUAUGACCCUUUUGCCCCCCCCUCCCACCCCAUAGUUUAAAUACAUCCUAGCAAAACCUCUGAACUGUUCACUGAGAACAUUUGUUCCCUUUUGAGAAAGAUGCAAACCAUCUUUUUUGUACAGUUUAUUUCCAUUCCAAACUGAGCUACCAUGAGAAAUUAAGCCAAAUCGACACCAUUCACCAAGCCACAAAUUAAAGUCCCUAAUACGCAUCCGUCUGAGUGUUAUGCACAGGCAGAACUUCAAAGAAUGACAGUGUAGAAGCAACCUGCUGUAUAUCAUUGGCAAAAACACAAAAAACAUCCUUUACCUCUGAAACCUCAUUGCAAGCCAAGUAAUUUGUCCCAAGAUGGACAAGUACAUCCAAUUCCCCCUCCUGCUUUGCUUGCUUAACAAUAUUACAAAGACGUCUCACAAGACCGCUAUUGUCCAGCUCCACACCUCUUAUGAUAGAAUCCCCCAACAACAACUGCUUUCUAUCAGGCCUCACCAUAGUCUCCAAGCCUGUCUCCAUAAUACCACUACACUCUGUGCCUGAACUUGUCUCCACAACACCACUACACUCAGUGCCUGUGCCUGUCUCCACAACAUCACUACACUCUGUGCCUGAGCCUGUCUUCACAACACCAUUACAUUCGGUGCCUGAACCUGUCUCCACAACACAACUACACCCAGUGUCUGAGCUUGGCAACGGAAAUAAACAAUUUAUUACAUCUAAAAAGCAAAUUAAAGAUAACAUGUACAAUAACAAUAAGUAUACCAUCAUCUAAAGAGAACAAAACAAUAAAAUGUGAGAGGGAAAAUAUUCACCUUCUGUCUUAAUAAAAUUAAGAUUAUAGGGAGUGGGGCAUGAGCUGCAUUUCGAGUGAGCUCCUCCUUAGCUCUUGAACUACUCGAGUUUUACAGCUGCCUGAACCAAUAUUUCAUGCCCAACAGAGACUUAUCUCCACCUGCAGCUGAUCAGUUGAUGCUGAUGCGGGGGGAGGGGGAGAGGCACUGUGUCUGCUGAUAUUUGCCCCGGAGGAUAUAGUGCGGCCCAGCGGAUGUUUAGGUCCUCGCAAGUUCCUCGCAUUGUGAAGUGAGGCCUGGGGGGUCUCCUUGCAAGCAACUUGCCUAUCACACUGCUAUUUGGCAAGCCAACUUCAAGCCUACCUGUGCGUAGAGCCUACCUGGGAUUUAACCCAACACUCCAGCCAUACAAGCAGAAAGUGCCCAAGCCAUAACCAACAACACUAUAUCAAGCCUGAAAAUGCCUUCUGCUUUCCCCCGGAUUGGGAAAACAUGGUCUUGCAGAGCUCCCAAGUUCAUGGCACAGGAGUGCAAGCUCUCGAUUACCAUAUCUUGGCCCCACAAUACCACCUGCAGAAAUAGCCUGAGCUUAGAUGGCAGAUGUAUUCCCAAUCAGGGCAUUGCCUGACAAUCUAACGUGCUUGCAUAAAGCAUGUCUUAGAUGCAGACCCCCUUUGGCUAGCCUCCAUUGGGGCGAUUGGACGUCCCAGCGGAUCACAAGCCUUGUAACUAAACAACAUGUCUAGCAUAGAUUGUCAAGCUAAAAACAUGUCUUAUCUCUUGAUAUUUGCAUCAUGAUAUUUGUUUUUGUUUUGUUUUUCAGUUCUUUUAUUCUGUCAGCAAUACAAAUGUUUAUUUUCUGUGAUAUCCAAUAACCUACUUUGGAAUUCUGUUAUAGAUAUAAUCAUUUACAAUUUACAUGUCUAGCUGUCUCAUCACACCACCGUGCUACUCUUUUGUUCUGCUAACUGGAUUUACAUAUGUAUCAUGACUGUUCGGACUACUACUUUGACAUGGCUAGUAUAGCCUGUUAUGACUUUUAUUAUUUUACAAAAAAAUAGUGCCGUAUUCUUGGCAACUUUAGCAAUUUCUUGCAUCGUUUCAUAUCAAGUAUGCUAUUGCUGAAAUGUCUAUAUCAGCUUGUAUUUUCCUCUUUGCACUAAAAAAUAAAGAAUGCCAAUAAAUAAAUAAAAUUAAGUUUAUAGAUGCACUAUAGCUGGCAUAAUCUACAUUAGUCUCAUUGAUUGUUAAAGUUCACCCUUUAUAAUAAGCACAGAAAAGUUUGGUGCGAUAUAAAUACCAAUAAUGUCACAGGCUUUCAUCAAAGUGUAGAAAUCAGGGCCAGUGCCAAGAAUUUUAACGUCCCCGCAUGAGAGAGUUCUCUUGUGUCACAAAUGUAUUCACUAAACUUCAUAAGGAAACAUUCCACUGAUUUAUUUUAACAAUUUAGUAGAUACACCCCCAAAGCCCUGCAAGCCCUCCAAUCAGAAGCUUCUCAAUGAGAAUCCAUUUUGCUGGAAUCGCAAGUGUGCGCAUGCACACUGAAUCACAGCUUUCCUAUAUUUUCCACUGAGCUAUAGUUCAUCUCAUUGGGAAAGGGGGAAGGCAGGUGAGAGUACAGCACUUCUGCCUCUUCUGUUAGCUCUGUUUAGCUAAAGGAAGUGAAUGAAAUUCUUCCUAGCUGUGUGACAGGCAGGGAGGUGUCUUAGCCCCCAGAUAUAAAAGGCCUGAAUUCUAUUGAAAUCAGUCCUUUUAUAAACUGUCAAGAAAAUGGCAAACGCCAGGCAUAUAAAGCACUUCAGCAAGCUGAAAUACUUUGUGUGUGUGUGGAGUAUUCCUCUCUUAGCAAACUUCCUUAUACAUACACAUACGAACAACCAAACUGCCUUAUACAUACACACAGGUACACUGCAAAAUACUUACACACAGAAAGUGCCUUACAAAUACAUGCACACAAACUGCCUAAUACGCACAUACAUACACCAACACAUACAAUCUGCCUCAUGCACUUACAAAACUGCCUCACAGACACACACAAACUACCUCAUCCUCACACAAACUGCUUAAUACAUACACUGCCUCACACACACACUGCUUUAUAGAUGCAUACUCACAGAACGCCAAAUACACACAUUAACACUUAUAACUAUUACAUAAAUAAUGAUAAAUCAUAAAUGUAAUACAUCCACCAACACACAAACUGCCACACACACACACACACACACACACAAAAUGCUUUAUAGAUACACACGGGUAUUGAUUAUUUAUUUAUAUUCUACUUGUUAAAGGGACUAAAGUAGACCAAUACACAGUGCACACUGACACUCUCUAACACUGACCAUACACAACCAUACUGCACACAGACACACACUGACUUAUACACACAAACGUCACAUUCUCUGACACUCACACACAGCACAGAUUUCCAGCAGUAGCCUGUCCCAUGCUCAAUCUGCCCUUAUAUUGUAACAAAAGGAUCAGCGCUAAGAACGACCACAGAAAAUAUAAUAUAUUUUAAUAGGCUGCACACCUACAAACAGAAAGGGGUUCCCUCUUAAUACCCCACAAUAUGUAAUGGAAAAGAAGGAAAGGAGAGAAGGUUGCUCCUUAAUAAAAUGAAAUGUACCAAAGUUAAAAUUACAGAAAUAUUAUAUAUAGUGAAACAAGUGUGGUCCAAAUACAAUGGUAUAUAGAUGGUAGAUAAAGUCUUGAAGGGAACAACCAGACUGGACAAAAUCAGGGAUUCUUGGAGGUAGAGUGAUUGUAAUUCCAGAAGUGCAUGGAAAACAUAAAAGAGAGAACUUUUAUGGUACUAUAUAGUAUAAGAUAUAUGUUUAAAAAAUGUAUAUAGAGUCAGUUCUACUCACAUUUACCAGAGCUAUAACCAGCUCUGGUAUGUUUAGCGUGAGGUGGAAAGAUCCCCACUUCUGGGAAAUAUGUGAUAGAUAAAUUCUUCAGAUGUUUAUGCAAUGACAGAGGUUCCAAACUGAGAUAAUAAAAAUGGCAAAUAUAGUGCUCACUGUAGAAAUAAGACCAUAAGAUGAUAUACAGUAUAGGAUAUGUACUCACAUUUGUUUGAGCACGCUUACUGCUCGAUCGAUAGCGCACUGGUGGUAUUAUCCCCACCUAAGAUUCUUUAGUCCUCUUUGAGAUGAUAAAUCAGGAUGCCAAAUUUGGUUAUUCUAAAUAUCUAUAUAAUUUGUAUCUGCCUAUAGAUUGCUCAGUCUCUCAGGGAGCUUUUUGACUGAACAGAAACACGACUUGGGCAGGAAGAAGCCUAGAUGUGAGAAGGCCAAAUUCAGUGUAUCUGAAGAACUUGUUUGCAAUCAAGGUAAGUGACUCAUGUAACCCUUUCCAGCCCAGUUUCAUAUGUGGUUCUACUGCACAACCCCAUAAAAUCCCAGACUAGCACACUUUCUGUAUUACACAUUAAUCCAAAGACCUUUAUGAGUGUGCAUCGUCCCAUGUUUCUGUGAUUGGACAAUUCAUGUUUUUUACACCCAUUUUUCUGCCUGCCCCGUUUUUUUUCCCUACCAUUUGCAUGUGUGCGUGCAAAUAUUUUAUUGAUAAAUAUUGAUUUUACAUAAACCGGUAAAAAUGUUUUUGUUUUAUUUUAAAUACUCAGUGAAGGAGAGAUUCCUUAUUACAGUCAGUUAUUCCUUGGAUCUGUUUUAAUCUAAGAUCUUUUUUGUUUUUAUCCAAGUUAAAUUGCAAUGUUAUAUGUUAUGUUCUCAUGUGUUCAUAGGUGUAGGCAGCAUUGUGUUCAAACCGCACUCCUCGAGUUCAGUGUCUGAGAGAAGGCAAUUUCUGAAGCAACCAGUAAAAGCCACUCAGAAGUUACAUCCCAAGGCUGAGGGUCAUAAAUAUCCAAACCAAAAUCCCAGAUCAGACUGUGUUUCCUAUAAUGUAGAAAGAAGUGCUGAAAUAAAAAAGUAUGGAAACGAGCAGUCCUUACAGCCUGAAACAUCAGUAAAAAACAGCAACUGUAGCAGAACCAAUGGACUAUCCAGGAUUGAUGCCCAAAAUGCCAGUUUAUUGAAAAGCAUUGGAAAGGACAGCGACAAAAAGGAGGCAUCGCAGCUGCAUGGAUCAAAGCAGUCAGGACUUCCUCCAGUCCAGUCUGAAAAAGAAAAGGUAACUUAUUAUUAUUGCCAUUUAUCUAGCGCCAACAGCGCUUUACAAUAUUAUGAGAGGGGGAUUUACCAAAAAUGGGACAAUUACAAAUAAACUUACGGGAACAAUAGGUUGAAGAGGACCCUGCUCAAUCGAGCUUACAUUCUAUAGAAGGUGGGUUGUAAAACACAUUAGGACAGGAAUUUGCAGUCAAAUAAGGUGGGCUGCCCUUUAGGAGAGAGCAAGAGACAGGUAUGUAAGGUAUAGGUUAGUCUAGGAGGCUAUAAGCUGUCCUAAAGAGAUGGGUUUUAUGGCACUUCUUAAAAGAUGCAAGACUAGGAGAGAGCCUGAUGGCGGUAGGCAGGCUAUUCCAUAUGAUGGGAGCUGCCCACGAGAAGUCCUGCAAGCGUGAGUUGGCCGUACGGGUGCGGACAACAGACAGGAGGUCGUCACAGGCAGAGCGGAGAGACCGAGAAGGGACAUACCUAUGGAUCUGUGAGGAGAUAUUAGGGGCUAGAGUUGUUCAGUGGUUUAUAGGUGUGAAUUAGUACCUUGAAUUGACUCCUAUAGGAUACAGGAAGCCAAUAUAAGGACUGGCAGAGGGGUUAGGUGUGAGAGAAACGACUAGAGAGGAAAAUCAAUGUGGCAGCAGCGUUCUUUACGGACUGUAGCAGUGCAGUACGGCUUUUGGGAAGACCAAUCAAGAGAGCGUUACGAUAAUCCAUGCAGGAAAUUACUAGAGCAUGGACAUUGGUAGCAUCUGGUGCAAGAAAGGGGCGGAUGCGGGCUAUGUUUUUAAAAUGGAAUCUACAGGAUUUGGCAACAUGCUGGAUGUGAGGCCAGAAUCAUGUAUGAUGCCAAGACAGCGCGCUUGGAAGGAUGGACUGAUGUGGUUACCACAAACGUGAAGGGAGAGCGAAAGAGGCGGAUCAGUAUUAGGAGGAGGAAAGACAAGAAGCUCAGUUUUAGAGAGAUUGAGUUUCAGAAAGCGGGAGGACAUCCAGUCAGAGAUGGAAGAAAGGCAAGCAGUGACAUGUUGCAGGACGGCAGGGGAGAGGUCCGGGGAGGAGAGAUAUAACUGGGUGUCAUGAUAAGAGGUGGUGAUCAGAGAGAGGAAAUGGAGUGUUGCAGAUAUUAGAUACUGUACAUGCAUAAGUGAAGAUUAGGUAAAGGGUAUUGCCCGCUACAUGGGUGGGAGACUUAGCCCACUGUGAUAGCCCGAGGGAGGAAGUAAUUGAAAGUAGUUUAGAGGCUGCAGAGGUCAAAAGUGGGUUAAUAGGAAUAUUGCAGUCUUAUUAGUGCUUAUUAGUGGCUUUUUCUCAGUUUGUGUUAGUCAGGAAAUGAUUGCAAAUGACAUCCAAAUAUACUCUUUUCCAAAUGUAGCAAAUAGCAAUUAAAAAUGCCAGGCUGCUGAUAAUUGAUUUAAAAUUUAGUUUUCAUUUGUAUUAAGCUAAACUAAACCUCAUUUAUUGAAUAAACUAUACUGCAUAGUUAGCAAGCCACAAAUGCUAAAUGCUUGCUCAUAUUUACAUUGAGAACGUCACACUGGAUUUAGUCCAUUAGUUUUAAGUUGCAACAAAAAAUGACACAUUCGUUUUUGCAAUACACCCUUGAUUCUCAACUAGUGGUACAGCAUUGGAUUGGCUGAAAUCAGCAAGGAGGCGGGGCCAAACGCCGGCUGAGCCAAUUAGUUCCUCCUCAUAGAGAUGCAUUGAAUCAUGCAGUGUGGAGAUGCUGAACGGCAGUGCUGCCUAAUGUGCAGCACUGCCCCAGAAAGCACCAGUAGUGACUCUCCGAGGAAUGGCCAAUGGAGGUGUUCCUAGGGGGCAAGAUAAACACUGCCUUUUCUCUGAAAAGGCAUUGUUUACAUGAAAAUGCCUGAAGGCAAUGAUCAUACUCACCAGAACAACUACAUUAAAGGACCACUAUAGUGCCAGGAAAACAUUCUCUGAAACUGCUAUGUUUAUAAAAAAAAAUGGGUUAACCCUAGAAGGACCUGGCACCCAGACCAUUUCAUUAAGCUGAAGUGGUCUGGGUGCCUAGAGUGGUCCUUUAAGCAGUAGUUGUUCUGCAAACUAUAGUGUCUCUUUAAGCUAAAGUCGUUUUGAUGACUAUAGUCACCAUAGUGCUGUAGUCUGGCACUUUUAAUUACAAUUAGUUAACUUUAGGGGUACUCUCCAUUAUUUCGGUGAGAUUAUUUAGGAAUUGAUUGUGGGGUCAUAUACUGUAAGUUAGAGAGUCUGUUUUUCUGCUGUGUUCUCUUCCAAGAACAUUCACAAAGCGUUUGUGCUGAAAUUAUUUCAUGCUAGGAGGUGGGGGCUUCUGCAGUACUGUGAGAGCAUUUUGUACUUCUUCACUUAUAGUUCAAAUAG